UUCUUACCUGUCGUCUGUCGUAGUACAGUUUGGUUGUCAAUGUGAUUUGUUAAAAUCUCUAUUCUCUUGUGGUUAAGGGUUGAGGCCACGCAAUAUAGCGUAACCUCUAUAUUAUUAUUUAAAACCCCUUUGGAAAACAAUACUAUAUUUUACGAAGAAGUAUUUGAAUGAAUCUUUUUGGACACUAUAAUUAUUAUUGAAUAUAAUAAUGACUUCGAACGAAGGAAGAGGACAAGCAAACUUGCAUCAGCAAGAUUUAUCUAAAUUAGACGUCACAAAACUUUCUGCUUUGUCUCCCGAAGUUAUAUCGAGACAGGCCACUAUCAACAUAGGUACUAUUGGUCAUGUAGCUCAUGGAAAGUCUACAGUGGUUAAAGCCAUUUCUGGAGUUCAGACUGUCCGAUUCAAGAAUGAAUUAGAAAGGAACAUUACUAUAAAAUUAGAGCGCCUGUCCGAUUCAGUUAUAAGAAUGUAUCGUGAACGAGCUGAUGAAAGGAAAGAAAGGAUAUUCUUUGAAAAAAUGAGAAAAAAUAAAAAAAGGUCAUUGCCACCCGAUCCAGAUGUGACUCCUGAAAAACCACCAAAAAAGAAACAAAAGAAAAAUAAACAAGAAAAUGAGGAAUUUAUUAUUGAAAGGAUAUGUGGGUUUAAGUUUCAAUCAGGAAAAGAAUUGUUUCAUAUAAAAUGGAAAGACUAUAAUGAGAGUGAAGCUACUUGGGAACCAGCGGAGAAUCUAAUUAAUUGCCCAGAAAUAUUACAUGAAUUUUUGAGUAAGGAAGAAUUGAAGCAUGCUGAUAAGAUUGAAAAACUAAAAGAAGAAAUAUCUUUUGGUAAUCUACUCGAAGAUGAAUACCUUAUUCAAAGGUUGGAUGAAGUAGAGGAUUCGGAACUUACUAAAUUAAAAAAUGAUCUCAUUGUCAAACUUCUUACCAUGAUCUGUCUGAAACAAAGUGAUGAACAUUAUGCUUCUCAACUGGUACAGGAUACAAGAAAAAUUUAUCAGUUAUAUGUCUUAACAAGGAAACGCUAUCAACAACUUAUGGCUCUGAAGAAUUGGGAAGAUUAUCUCAAUCAAGUGGAUAUAUGCAAGAAAUUAACCGUUGAAAAUGAUGUUGACUUAAUCGGUCCACCAGAAAAUUUUACAUAUAUCAAUCAUUCAAUUCCCGCCGCCGGUGUAACUAUUCCGGAUGAACCUCCCAUCGGCUGUGAAUGUGAAUCAUGUAAUUGUCGCUCAAAGUCGUGCUGUGGAAUGCAGGCUGGUUUAUUUCCUUACACAGUCAAAAGAAGACUUCGCGUAGCGCCCGGAACACCAGUCUACGAGUGUAAUAAAGCCUGCAAAUGCUCAUCAGAUUGUAACAAUCGCGUUGUACAAAGGGGACGUAAUACUAAACUAACCAUAUUUCGUACAUCCAACGGAUGCGGAUGGGGAGUCAGGACUGAACAGAAAAUCUACCAGGGACAAUUUUUAUGCCAAUAUGUUGGAGAAGUCAUUACUUUCGAAGAGGCAGAGAAACGUGGACGCGAAUAUGAUGCUAAUGGUUUAACUUAUCUUUUCGAUUUGGACUUUAACUCGGUUGAAAAUCCGUACGUGGUGGAUGCAUGUAACCUAGGAAAUGUAACUCACUUUAUAAAUCAUUCUUGUGAUCCUAAUCUGGGGGUGUGGGCUGUAUGGGCAGAUUGUCUCGAUCCAAAUUUGCCGAUGUUGGCUUUGUUUGCAACUCGUGAUAUUGAAGCGGGGGAGGAGAUUUGUUUUGAUUAUUUACAAAAAUCAUUAGAAAACGAGGAAGAAACGAAUACUUCUGUUGAAAAUGUUGAAGAAGGCGAUUCAAAUUUACCCGAUGCUGCAGAAGCUAGUACUGCUGUAUCUCCCGUGUCGCCCGUUAAAACGAGAUUUGAAAUCCAACAACAGAAUAGAGCAAUGCUAAGAAAUCUCACUGAGUGCAAAUGUGGUGCAGUUAAAUGUCGAAAAUAUUUAUUUUAAUGGAAAAACAUUCUUCACAAGCAACAGUUAAUGAUGACUUAAGACAUAUUGAAUGAAAACUAAUAGAAUUUUUUUUUUUUUUAUUAUUUGACUUAGUAUAACAUGUACAUUUUUAUGUCAAGCAAUGUUUUAUUUAAAUAGUUAUUUAAUAAUGAAUUAUGGUAUUGUUGAUUAAAAAAAUAAUGAGACAUCUUUUCAAAGUUUGAUCGUUACAUUAUAGCUCAAUUAAAAAUAAUUUAAGGCGAUAAUAAAAAAAUCUAUGAUCUGAAUGCCACCUGUUUGUAACUUCUUACGACUACAAUAUACAACACGGAAAAUGCUUUAAUAGUUAUAAUUAAAAAUUUUAAUACGAACAUAACUUACUUAGUGCCUUUAAAAUUCACCUUAUUAGAUUGUAAAAUCUAAAAGUGGUAUUUUUCUAAUGUUGAGCAUAAGAAAAAAAAAAUAUUUCCAAUAUAGCAUUAAGUUCUUUAAUACUAAGAUUAUUAUUUAGUAUUUAAAAUAAUUAUUACAUUUUUGUAAUGUCUUAGGGAUUGAUAUGUAUUUUUGAUAAUGAGUACAAUAAAAUAUUUACACUAAAA